CGAGGCUCCCGUGUCGCGAGCGGGGGGCGGGGAGGGGUGACAGCCGGCACGUCCAGUCCCACCCCGGCCCCGCUUGCAAACUUCCCAGCUUCGGGGAGACGCGGGCUGGGCGGAAGCCCCCCCCCACCCCCGUCCUACGAUCGCCUCCGGGAGGCGAAACAGCGCCUGUUUGUUUUUAAAAAUCGGGGAGUGCGUGCAGGGCGACCGGAGUCCCCGAGGCCAACGAAGAGGCCGGAGACCGAGCCCCGAGUUAGGCUCUAGGACCUUGUGAAGCACCAUGAACGGGGACGUGUAGCCGAGCCAGCGGUUUUCUUCCCUUGCCUGACCCCAGAACAUCUUGCUCUACCCUUCCUGGCUUCGGACCUGCGACCAGGAUUCCAGCAGGGCUUUUUUCCCCGGGAUAUGGACAGCUGGUGAAGGAGGUCUCAUUUGCCAGGGCUCAGUUGGCCACACCAUGAACCUCCAGGCCCAGCCUAAGGCUCAGAAUAAGUGCAAGCGUUGUCUCUUUGUCGGGGACCAGGAUCCAGCUUCGAAGGAGCAGCCACCGCCCUUGCAAGCCCCACAGCAGUCCCUCAGGGUGAAGGAGGAGCAGUACGGAGCCCACGAGGGUGCCACGGGGCCUGUCUCCACCUCCCAGCCUCUGGAGUUGCCGCCUCCCAGUAAUUUGGCUCUGCUGAAUUCUGUGGUCUAUGGGUCUGAGCGGACCACAGCAGCCAUGUUGUCCCAGCAAGCACAGCCCGGCUCAGUAAAGUGGCCCAACUCUGUGAUGGCUCCCGGAAGGGCUCCCGAACGUGGAGGGGCUGGUGGCAUCAGUGACAGUGGCUGGCAGCAGCAACCUGGGCAGCCCCCGCCCCACCCCACGUGGAACCAUUUGUCCCUCUACAGUGGACCCAAGGGGAGCCCUCAUCCCAGCGUGGGGGUGUCUCCCUAUUACAGCCACCCCGAGGCACUGAAGGGGAACAAAGCAGCGGGCCCCCAGCUGGACCACUAUGGAAACGCAUUGCGGCCCAUGAUGCCCCAGAAGGUGCAGGUGGAAGUGGGGCGGCCCCAGGCAUCCCUAAACUCUUUCCACACGGCCAAGAAACCCCCGAACCAGGCACUGCCCCUGCAGCCUUUCCAGCUGGCAUUUGGCAACCAGGUGAGCCGGCAGGUCUUCCGGCAGGGACCGCAGCCCUCCAACCCCGCUACUGCCUUCCCGCCUCAGAAGCAGCAGCAGCAGCAGCAGCAGCAGCAGCAACAGCAGCAGCAGCAAGCAGCUCUUCCUCAGAUGCAGCUCUUUGAGAACUUCUACUCCAUGCAGCAGCCAUCCUCUCAGCAGCCCCAGGACUUUAGCCUGGCACCGGCUGGGCCACUGGGGCAAUCCCACCUGGCCCAUCACAACAUGGCCCCCUACCCUUUCCCACACAACCCGGACUUGAACCCAGAGCUGCGCAAGGCCCUCCUGCAGGAGUCCGCCCCACAGCCUGUGCUACCUCAGCCCCAGAUCGCCUUUCCCCGCCGCUCCCGCCGCCUCUCCAAGGAGGGAAUCCUGCCUCCCACCACCCUGGAUGGGGCUGGCACCCAGUCUGGGCAAGAGCCCACGGGCAGUCUGUUCUUACAUCACUGGCCCCUGCAGCAGCCACUGCCGGGCUCCCUGGGGCAGCCCCAUCCUGAAGCGGUGGGAUUCCCGUUGGAACUGAGGGAGUCUCAGCUGCUGGCUGAUGGGGAGAGACUGGCUGCCAAUGGUCGGGAGGCUCCGGUGUUGGGUAGUGAGGAGGGCAUGCGGGCAGGGGCCCCCGGGGACUGUGGGCAGAUGAUACGCAGUGGGGUGAUUCAGAGCACAAGGCGGAGGCGCAGGACAUCUCAGGAGGCCAAUUUGUUGACGCUAGCCCAGAAGGCCGUGGAGCUGGCCUCUCUGCAGACCGCCAAGGACGCCAACGGCUCGGAGGAGAAGCGGAAGAGUGUACUGGCUUCGACUACCAAGUGUGGGGUGGAGUUUUCUGAGCCUUCCUUAGCUGCCAAGCGAGCACGGGAUGAGAGUGGGAUGGUGCCCCUCAUUAUCCCAGUGUCUGUGCCCGUGCGGACUGUGGAUCCCACCGAGGUGGCCCACGCUGGAGGUGUGGACGAGGAUGGGAAGGGUCCAGAACAGAACCACCCCGAGCACAAGCCGUCGGUCAUUGUCACUCGCAGGCGGUCCACCCGAAUCCCGGGAACAGAGGAUCCAGCUCAGGUUGAGGACCUGAACGUCAAGUUGGAGGGGGAGCCUUCCAUGCGGAAACCAAAGCAGCGGCCACGGCCUGAGCCCCUUAUCAUCCCCACCAAGGCAGGCACUUUCAUCAACCCUUCUGUCUACUCCAACAUCACCCCCUACCAGAGCCACCUGCGCUCCCCUGUCCGAAUAGCUGACCACCCCUCUGAGCGGAGCUUCGAGCUGCCCCCUUACACGCCACCCCCCAUCCUUAGCCCUGUGCGUGAAGGCUCCGGGCUCUACUUCAAUGCCAUCAUAUCCACCAGCAGCAUCCCAGCCCCUCCUCCCAUCACACCGAAGAGUGCCCAUCGCACCCUGCUCCGCUCUAACAGCUCUGAAGUCACCCCACCUGUCCUUUCUGUGAUGGGAGAGGCCACCCCUGUGAGCAUCGAACCACGGAUCAACGUGGGUACCCGGUUCCAAGCGGAAAUCCCCUUGCUGAGGGACCGAGCUCUGGCAGCUGCAGACCCUCACAAGGCUGACUUAGUAUGGCAGCCUUGGGAGCACCUGGAGAGCAGCAGGGAGAAGCAGAGGCAAGUGGAUAACCUGCUGACAGCUGCCUGUUCUAGCAUUUUCCCUGGUGCUGGCACCAACCAGGAGCUGGCCCUGCAUUGUCUGCACGAGACCAGGGGAGACAUCCUGGAAACGCUGAAUAAACUGCUACUGAAGAAACCCCUGCGGCCCCACAACCACCCACUGGCAACGUAUCACUACACAGGCUCUGACCAGUGGAAGAUGACUGAGAGGAAGCUGUUUAACAAGGGCAUUGCCAUCUACAAGAAGGAUUUUUUCCUGGUGCAGAAAUUGAUCCAAACCAAGACUGUGGCCCAGUGUGUGGAGUUCUAUUACACCUACAAGAAGCAGGUGAAAAUCGGCCGCAACGGGACUCUCACCUUUGGCGAUGUGGAUACCAGUGACGACAAGUCAGCCCAGGAGGAGGUUGAAGUAGACAUUAAGACUUCCCAGAAGUUCCCAAGGGUGCCUCUUCCCAGAAGAGAAUCCCCAAGUGAAGAGAGACUGGAGCCCAAGAGGGAAGUGAAGGAGCCAAGGAAGGAGGAGGGUGAGGAGGAAGAGGUGCCAGAAACCCAGGAGAAGGGGGAGCAGGAAGAGGGGAAAGAGCGCAGCCGGCGGGCAGCUGCUGUCAAAGCCACGCAGACACUACAGGCCAAUGAAGCGGCCAACGACAUCUUCAUCCUCCGGAGCCACGAGUCCAAUGCGCCUGGCUCUGACCCCGCCGGCGGGGCCCCGGAGAAGACCCGCGAGGGGCCCGGGAAGCCCCGCAGGUCGCUACCUUUUACGGAGAAGAAGAAAAAACCGGAGACAUUUAAUAAGACCCAGAACCAGGAGAACACGUUCCCUUGCAAAAAAUGCGGCAGGGUGUUUUUCAAGGUGAAGAGCCGCAGUGCUCACAUGAAGAGCCACGCGGAGCAGGAGAAGAAGGCGGCGGCGCUGAGGCUCAAGGAGAAGGAGGCCGAGGCCGCCGCCGCCGCCGCCGCCGCUGCCGCCGCCGCCGCCGCCGCGCACCCGCCGGCGCUGCGCGACGAGAGCGGGGACGGCGACGGCGAGAAGGGCUGAAGGCCCGGAUGGAUCCUUCCGCUGCGCUGCCCGGCCUCUCUGCCCCCCCCUGGGAGCCAGGAAAGGGUCACGUGGACUUUUCUCUGCAAAACAAAGGCGACCGUGAAUAAAACGAGGCUCUUGUAUUUACCGAGGCCCCCAGGAGCUGUGUUAAAGGGCUGCAGGAUCCAGUUCUCCUCGCGUCUGGCCUGUCCGACGUCGUGAAAUUGUUCUGCCCUCCUGGAGCCUUGAGAGCCCUGGACCCCUGGAGGAGUGGGGCGGGGGGUG